AUUAUUAAAUUGAGUGAAUAUAUCGACAAACAAAAUUAAAUUAAACUUUCAUGUAUUGCAAAAAAUAUUAAAAUCAUUUAAAUGAUUUUUUUUCGAUAAAAUUAAAUAGUUCAAUAAUUUUCUUUAAAAAAAAAAAUGGAUAAAACAGUAACUAAAAUUGGUUUUACAUUUUUCAAUGCAAUAACUCAUUAUAUAUUAUACAGAAUUGUAAUAUUUUUUUUGGUUACAUUAACAAACACAGGAUUUAAAUUAAUUAAAAGUAUAUUUAAAAAAAGUGAAUGUGGUAAAAAGUCAGUUGGUACAUCAAGCUCAGUAAUAACCAUAACUCGUGGAGCCUAAAUUAAAUCAAAAUUUACAAGUUAAUAAUUUAAAAAAUAAAAAAAAAUGGUAGAUCCAAUGGAAACAUUUGUGACAAACACACGCAAUGAUUUUCCAUGGCCAAAUGAUGUUCCCUUGAUAGCUGUACCAAGUGCACCACCAAAAAAUACUGGUCAAAGAAUUUACUUGCAAAAAAUAGAUCCAGAUGAUUGUGAGUGUGAUUAUCAUUCUUAUGACUCAGACAUGAAAAGGUACAAGAAGCUAGCAAAAGAAGAAGAGAAACUUUGUAGUGAUAUGAGAAAAAUAAAUCAUGAGAUGAAUGAUUUAUUAGAAAAUAUAUUGAGCAGUCAAUGUAAGAGUGAAGAUGAAUCAAUGGAGAGUAUUUACAAGUCAGCUUAUGAUAAAAAAGAUUAUCCUAUUGCCAAGUAUCGAUCACUUAUGGCAUCAGUGGAUUCAUCAAUUGGAGCUCCAAUAAAACCAGCAAUAACAGAACUCAAAAAUGGAUAUCGAGAUCCAAUAAGAUUCAGACAUUGUCCAGUUGAAAUUCCUCAUAUUGAAACAUCAAAACCUGUUGAUUUUAGCCGAGUACCAGAUAUGUGGUCCUUGUGGACGAAAUUUCAAGGACGCACUGAGUAUAUGGACACUAUCAGUAAAGAGGGACUUAGUAUUUUAAAAAAUCGACUGCAAUAUUUGGAGCCAUCACCUUCGUCUAGAAGAAGAGAAGGAGAUUGUGAUUUAUAAAUAUUUUAUUGAAAUAUAAAAAUUGUAAAAAUAUAAAAGACAAAUAAAAAGCAAAAUGAAAUAGAAAAAAGCAAAAUAAAAA